UUUUGACACCUAAUGGACCCAUAACCUCAACCAUUUGCCAACCAAAGACAAAAACACCAUCCUCCCUCCUCUCCCACUCAUUGUACUCGCCCAACACCAAGGAAAGAAGGAGAAGGAGCUCUGAACCCUCACCUUCCAUAGCCAACUCGAGCUCAAGCUCCAACAAGAAAAAGGGAGGAGUUUAGGAGAGGAAAAAGGGAAGAAAAAGUGUGGUGAUUAAGGAACGUGUCAAGGGUGAUUUGAGAGCUUUCACAAGGUUUAAAGAGUCGCCGGAGUGGUCACCGGAGUUCGUCAAAGUUCAUCGGAGUUUGGCCGGAGUUCAACCGAGAAGGGUAGAACUUCAUCACGCUCAUUUGAGGUUGAAGCUCAAGCUUGCAUUCUCACCUUGCUCGGUGAAGAAAUCUAAAGGGAGACGUGGUUCGUGCUUCCUUUACUGUUUUAAACUAUAAACUAUGCUCAUGGAUACUUUGUAAUAAAUACAUUUGUUUUGGGCCUGCGAGCCCACGUUUUGGCCAUAUGUGGCCCAUGGUUAAACUUUGAACAUUUCCGCGAUUCGUUCAAUCCAAAUAUGUGAUGUUGUUAUGUAUGUUUACUUACUGAGUAUGGUAUGAACAAUGUUCAUGGACGCCUUGUAUGAUUAAGUCAUGUUGACUUGCGAGUGACGUCAUUUAGUCAUACGGCGGUUGUACACGCGCUCGGAUGCGGUCUGGGGCGUGACACAAGCCAAGCUCCACAAACCUUCCUCCUUCAUCUUCUUGGAUGGAUAUCAUGGGGACUGAGGUGCAUUUGGACGAAUUGAGUGGGGAAGAAGUUCAACUGAAUGGUUUGACAUGGGGAGAUGACGUGGGUGACGGUGGUAAUCCUCUAGCUCCGGUGGGUGUUGAACUGAAUGCGACUUCAAGGGAAGAAGAUGGAGAAGGUGUGGAAGUUGAAGCUUUGGAGAAGGGUAUGUUGAUUUUUCCUCAUUUUUGGUAUUUUGUUGGUCAGACAAACAACUUGCAAUUGCAGCGUCUGUCUAGCCUAAACUCAACGUGGUUUCAUACUUGUUUUCAACUGAACAUGGUUUCGUAGUUGGUAGAGUGGUACAUAAAAUGUGUGUGCGGCCAGACAUCUUAAAAUGUUUGUCUCCGUAGAGGAAAUGUCUGUAUU